AUGGAAGCUGUCUCUGGAGGUGGAGCGCGAGGCCGUGGAUCCUGUCCGAAGCUCCUGGAUUUGAUCCCGAAUGGGGGCGACUGGUCCGAAAGAGAUGGAGGGCAGAGAGACUAUGGAGUUGCAGAGGAACAGAAGCUAGAACUGAGGCUUGGUCUGCCCGGAGGAGAAGACUGGCGUGCGGUGAGGGAAGAGGAGGAACCCCCUUCGGUUCUCUCUCUAGGCUUUCUUCCCGUCAGGGCUUCCUCUAACCUUAGCUCCCAUGAUAGGUGAGUCCUACCUCCUACUUUAUUCAAGCUUCUCUCAAUUAAAGCUCCCCUCCUUCUCGGGCUCACGUCUCUGACCUGCUAUCCUCCUCGUUCUCAGAGCUGCCCCCUCCUCUCCUGUCGUCGGCUGGCCGCCCAUCCGCUCCUUCCGGAAGAACCUUGCGAGCAGCAGCUUUUCCAAGCCGUCGUACCCCUCGCAGAAUGAAAACCCGGGGAAAACUGAUACACAGGAGGGUUGCAGGAAGUCGCUCGUGAAAAUCAACAUGGAUGGAAUGCCCAUCGGAAGAAAAAUUGAUCUAAAAGCUCACAGUAGUUACGACGAGCUCUCCUCGGCCGUAAACGAACUCUUCAGAGGGCUUAUCGCAGGUGAUCGAUGAAUCUGCCUCGUUUGAAUUCUUACUCGAUUUUACGAGAUCUUCUGUGCGCGCUCUCUCCGUUCAUGGUACGAAUCCUUCCAUUUACUUCCAUGCUUAGCUCAAAGAAACGAGAAUCCUGCUCUGAGGAAUCAGAGCCAUGGCGGUCGGCGGCAGGCAAUUACGGGAUUACUUGAUGGAAGCGGUGAGCAUACUUUAGUUUACGAAGACAACGAAGGAGACGUCCUGUUGGUCGGAGACGUGCCGUGGGAGUAAGCUUGCUCUCCAUCUUCCUUCCUAAGCUCCUGAAUUCUGAUCCCUCCUUUCGAUUCUUCAUGCGACGUUCAACCUCCCAUCUGACGCUCUCAUCGUCCUGCCCCAGCAUGUUCGUUGCAGCAGCGAAGAGGCUACGCAUGUUGAAGAGCUCUGAGCUCUCCUCUUCUCUAUCUGUAAGCUCCCCCAUGCCCACCUUCAACUCUCCGCCUGAUGAUGACCCUCUAAUUCUUCUCAAGUUGUAG